AUGGCCUCAGUCCCGGCCAUGCAGUCCAUGCAAUUGCUCUUCCGGCAAUCACUCAGAACCACUGUACAAGUAUUCCGCACCACAGCUCGACCAGCGCGGCUCCAUUUCCGCCCAACAUAUCCGGGUCCUGUUCCCGCUAGACCGACAUUACGCACCUUCUCAGCCUGUCUACAAUGCCAAUUUCGCCAACAACCUAGCACGCACGAUGCGUUCAACGAGAAUAAUAAGGGGCAGGGUGGCCUAGAUCCCGAGAGCGAGACUAAGGCCACCAAGGACGCUGAUGCAUCCGAUGCUUUUGCGUCGGAGACGGGUGCGGGGAAUUCUCGCACAGCAAACAUUUCUGCAGCGGAGCUCGAUCGGCUCGUGGAAGAGUCCACGAUAAAGGGGACCGAGCGCGGACUUCUAGAUCACCUAGAGGAGGAACAGAAAAGGGAGAGGGACGAACAGUCAGGGCAAGAGCAAAAGCCAAAUUCGGACGCAAAGAGCGGAGGUCUCCCCUCCUACCUCGAAAGCCGGCGGUCAAAGCUCUCAAAGCAGUUUACGGGAAUGAUGGAUAAUCUCCAGUCCAAUGUUUUCGUAGCUGGACAGCGGCUGAAUGAUCUUACUGGCUAUUCGGGUAUCGAAGCGCUCAAGAAAGAGAUCCAGAACCAAGAAAAUCGCCUUCGCGCUGCUCGCGCACAAGUUCGGGAAGCUAAAGACGCCUACACCGCUGCUAUCAAUAACCGGUCUACUUCGCAACGGGAAGUGAAUGAGCUCCUCCAGCGCAAGCAUGCCUGGUCUCCCACUGACCUGGAGCGUUUCACCCUUCUCUACCGCAAUGAUCAUACCAAUGAAGUUGCCGAGACCGAGACGCAGGAGGCUCUAUCGCAAGCUGAACGUGAAGCCGAAGAGGCAGCUGCCCAGCUGAGCAAGAGCAUUCUUUCCCGCUACCACGAAGAACAGGUAUGGUCAGACAAGAUCCGUCGCAUGUCUACCUGGGGAACAUGGGGUUUGAUGGGAAUGAACGUUCUGCUUUUCCUGAUCUUCCAGAUCCUCGUGGAGCCGUGGCGCCGGCGCCGGCUGGUGAAGGGAUUUGAGGAUAAGGUUGUCGAGGCUUUGGAGAAGGAGAAGGCUAUUAACCAAGCUGCUCUUGUCGGGGGUGCUAUCCCCGCUCCGGAGGUGGAGAAGGUUAUUGAUUUCCCGGUUGAGGACUCCGUUGUGACUGCUGCUGCGGCCGACUCGCUAAGCGAUGGUGUUGAAGCAGCUCUUGUUGAGACUCAAGCCCAGAAUGAGGCUUUGGUGGAGGCUACUUCCCCCUCAGACAAUGUCUCUGAAUCCCUCUACUCCCGUCUUGUUGGAAACUCCCAUUCUCCCCUCUCUCUUGAAUAUUGGAAACAGACUCUAAAUGAGCUACUUAGUGACCGCAGCGUUGCUAUUACCCAGCGCGACCUUACUGUGGCUGCCGUGCAGAGCGCCGCAGCUGGUGCGGUCGUGAUGAGUGUUCUGAUUGCAUUGGUGAAACCUCGGUAA